GGCGAGCCUGGGUGCGGCGAUCGGGUCACGUGGUUCCGGGGCCGGCGCGUCCGAGACCUUGGUGCUGGGUGGAACUGCAGGAUGAUGGUGAAGGCGGCCGCUUCCAUCUGAAGAUAAAUGUGAGAGCUGCCACUGAGAGCUGUCACGUUAUCCAGGAAACUGCCAAGUCCGUAGACCCUGGUUUCUCACACAUGAGCCUCCUCUGCCAACCUAAGAAAGGAGUUCCUGGAGCCAAGAACCCGUUCCCAGCGUCCGAGACCCAGCCACGACCUCACAGCAGCGCUCUGGGGCACGAGCGGAGGAAGCGCAGCAUAGAACGAGCUCAGGCUUGCUAAUCACCGCACACAGGGAACAGAAAAUGACCACGUUACAGGAGUCAAUCUCAUUUGAACACUUGUCUGUGGACUUCACCCAGAAGGAGUGGCAGCUGCUGGACCCCUGUCAGCAGGACUUAUACAAGGAUGUCAUGCUGGAGAACUACAGCAGCCUGGUGGCACUGGGGUAUGAAUUUAUGAAACCUGAUGUCAUUUUCAAGUUGGAACGAGGAGAAGCACCAUGGAUAGAAGAUGGAGAAGUUCCAAGUUCAGACUCUCCAGAACAAGACUUUCAAGUAAAUAGUCACAUGAUGUGGAACCAAGAUAACCAAGGGAAGCCUAAAAAUACGAAACAAGAUUAUGAAUGUGAUGCAUUUGGAAAAAAUUUCAAUCAGAGCAUAAACUUUGUUCCUUUAAGGAAAUCAUACAAUGAAGGUUGUUCCACAGACCUGGAGACAAUUCUACAUCGGACAACUUCUAUUGCAUUCCUUUUAGUAAAUGGACCUGUUGGAAGUCUAGUCUAUGAGUUUUGAGGUCUGUUGUAGUAGUGCUUUCCCUUCAGCUUCCCUUGUGUGCCGUGGAUCUUCUGACAGUUGUCUCUGUGGAUCCAUAUGUUCCUGAUAUUUUCUUACAGAUAAUGUGAUGAAAUUUGGGGAGCAGGAUGUUUAUUGAGGAUCAAUAAACUUACAAUACUAGAUUUAUCUGUAUUAAAAAGCAGAAUGUAGGUCAGUAGUCAUUUGAUAUCUAUGCUUGGGACCACAGUAAUGUGUUAUGUCAUUUAUCCCAGCAAUAUAUACCCAGUUUGUCAAUUUCAUUGAGCUUGUUGGUUUACAAAUACAGUACAGUACUACAACAAACAAACAAAAUACGGUACCAAGCUUUCAGAUGUUCAUUAACUAGUCAUGACCUAAGUGUUGAUUAACUCAACCAUGACCCUUGCAACUGUAUGCAUAUUUCUUGCACCUUGCUUUCAUUCUUUUUUAGUCUAUUUUCACACUCAUACAUAGUUAUUUUAAAAUAUAAUUGUGAUUACACUUGUGCUGAAAUGUUGAAUAGCUAAUUGUGGACUUAAGAAAGUGAAAUAUGGUAUAUCCCCAUGAGACAAAUACAUGCCUAUCCAUAAUUUCUGAAUACUUUACCUCUCCUCUUACUAUUUUUUGGCCUCCUUGAACUACUUGCAGUUCCUUGGAAUUACAUUCUCAGAUGCUUUUUGCAAAUCUUCCACUGAAAUUCCCUUGUUUCUUAUUAAUGCCUCUCCAAGCUUUAUGAGCCUGUAUAUGUAUUUGUCACUGUGAUAUAAUCAUCACAUGUUUUAUCUUUUCCAUUAGAAAGCUGGAACAAUCUUGUCUAUAUAAUUUUAGCAACUGAAGCUUUAUAUAUAAAUGUGAUUGCUUAUCAUAGCUAUGUUUUCUACCACAUGGAGAAGCAUAAUCUGCAGUGAGAGGAAAAUUAAGCCAUUGUGGAAGCAAAGGCAAGGGACAGUACUGACUGAGACCCAGAAUCUGGUUCUUGUCCCGAUAUGCAUUCUCCUCUGCCCAUUUAUGCCUUGAUCGCUGGGCUCUCCUGUGAGAUAGCACAGAUAUUCUCCUAAUA